UCAGUUUACCAGACGACGCCGCGGGUAGUGUUCCUGUCGCCUUAUACAUUUAUAUACAUCGUGUGAACCAACUACAAGCAACUGGAUUUACUGCCUGAUCAAUAAGAAAGGGUAGAUAGAAGGCGAAUGAACGCACGAAGAUACAGGCAUUGACGAUGAGACAACUGCUGGUGCUGGUGAGCCUCAUAGGGGUGUCGUCAUCGCUGGACCCUCCCUCGCUCACACUACCUGGAGAUGUUGUCAUUGGUGUGGUGGCUGACUUGCAUGGUCGCGGAGGGUCACCAGGGGGCUGUGGGGGGCUGAACACAAGGGCCGUGGAGCAGGUGGGGGCGGCAGAGUGGGCCCUGGACACCAUCAACAACCAGUCCCAACAUGAUUACACUAUAGGUGUUCGAGUAUAUGAUGCUUGUGGGGACACGGACAUGGCUCUGCGGCAGACAAUAAGACUUCUCCAGGACACCCAACCACCAGAACCACCUCUACUUGGUGUGGUCGCUCUAGGGUCAGCAAGAGUAGUAUCAGGUACAGCUACACCUUUACAUGCUUUCAACACUCCCAUCCUCAUCACUGAUGCUCGAGCGGCCCACACCAUUAUACCUGCCGAUAAUGUCUUCACCACGGCACCUCACCUCACUGAUCAGUUACAGGCAGUGCUCUCUGCUGCAGUCCGAUUAGGUGGUGGCCUUAUAGGGGUGAAUGUGGUGUCCAGCUGUAACCACGCCUCCCUGGUCCUGCAGGAACGAGCAUCAAGAGCUGGUCUCAGGAUCCUUCACCUGCUGCAGAUUGAGAAUGAAGACAAUCUAACCAAAGAGAUAACACAUUUUAUCAACAGUGAAGUGGGCUACGGUGGAGUGGUAAUACUGAUGUUGAGUGCUACAGAGUUAAACCACUUCAGUGCUGAGGUAGAUAAUCAAGUGUUAAGGAAGUCCAUGGUACGCUGGGUCCUGUCACCUCUGGGUGGAGAACCCCUGGCUGGUGAAUUAUCAGAAGAUGAAUUGAGGAAAAAACUGCCUGGGUCACUGUUGGUGGAGGCUCACUCACCCGCCAUCCCAGGGUUCAGUCAGUAUUAUGCUGCUGCCAUCCACAGUAAUACAUCUGUUGUAGCUCCACUGGCCAAGCAGUACCUGGACACCAUCUCCCACUGUGACCCUGAGCCUGUACCACUGUCAUCACCCUCAUCCUCCCUGUGCUCUGUCCUGGGUAUCAAGGAGUUGGCAAAUUUGGUCAGUGGCUCCCCAACCACUGCUACUGUAAAAGCUGUGUCUUCCCUUGCAGCUGCUUUCCGUUUAGUGCAAAUUGAAAGAUGUUCUACUGGGGUCCACUGCCUGCAAGCUCUUCAGGAUGACCUUCACCAAGAUGUUUUGAAGGCACUGCUGAAGUUGUCUUUCACUGUGGGUGGUGGAGCUGACAGGAUCCGCUACACUGCUGAUGGUCGUCUGGUCAACUCCUUCACCAUCAAGCACACCACUCCUACAGGGCUCCGUCAGGUUGGUGUGUACCGUGAGGACACCGGGGUUGUGUGGUCCCCCGGGGAGAUGAUCGAAUCACAGAAGCAAGAGCGUGGGCGAGAGGGGAGAACUCUGGGCUUGGUGUCAGUAGAAGAGAAAGAGAGAGACAGUGUUGUUCGGUCUGUCUUAUUAACACAUAAGGACUAUGUGGGACGGACAUGGGCAUUCUCUGUGCUGGUGUUGGCGUGCCUGGGUGUGGUGGUGUCAAUGUACGUGGCUGUGUAUGUGGCGCUACGCGUGUGUGAUGGAACUCUCACCGGGCCACAGGUACUUGGUGCGGUGCUGCUGUUGGGUGUGAUGGGGAUUUAUGCGUCGUGUGUGGUGUAUGUUCUGCCGCCCAACCCCAUCACAUGUGCCAUACGGGAGUGGGCACCACCCAUGUGCCUGGCACUCUGCUAUGGUAUCCUCCUCGUAAAGUCCAUGCACCUGCGAGCCCUGGUGUCAGUGGGAGUAGGGGGGGAAGUGUCUCAAGUGAACCUCCACGUCUCCCUGUUGUUCAUGUUGAGUGUGCAGGGAGCGCUCUGCGUGUUAGGCCAUGCUGGUGGCUUGACUAUCGGGGAGGAGCCGCUCGUGAAAAUUGGCUCGGAUGGUAACAGACAGUGUGGGCAGAAACGUAUCGCCACCCUUGCUACCCGGGUCUACCUUAUCCUGCUCUUGUUUCUGAGUCUCAUCUUAGCCACUGUGAACCGCAAGAUACAGAGAAAUCAUAAUGAGGGAAGAUGGCUACUGUUGACCUCGUGUGUGUCAGCUCCUGUGGUGGGUGUAUGGUCGGUGAUGAGCUACCUGGCACCUCCUACACUGGAAGCUCCUACAACCAGCGUGGCACUGUUGGUCCUCGCCUCAGUGGUGCUCGGACUCAUCUUCAUCCCUAAAAUGAGGAUAAUCGCACAACAAGCUAAAGACUUCAGGCACAAACGACUGGCAGCUGCAGCUUCGAUCUCCACAAUCUUUACACAGAUGGAUGAAGGUCCACUGGGUGGUGUGCCGCCCCUUCAAGACGGCCUUAAACCUCAUCCAGGUGACAGCCCUCGGAUUCACCACAAUCACCCGGACAACCUCGGAUCAGUACGAUCAUCCAUUGCUUCUCAGAACAGUUACCGGGCUGCCUUUAAUGCUGCUUAUGGUAUACCCCAACAGUCACCUUUGAACACUCCCAGACAUGUUAUGAGAAACCCCAUUUAUGAUGCUUCACAAGGAGCUUAUCCCUGAACAACUGUGCUGAACAAAAAAUACGAAUAUUGCUCUAUUUUCUAAUAUAAAUGGAUUUAUCUUCAACUUGUUCUGUGUGAGUAAUUAUGAGGUUUUAGGGAAGUGAAAAAUGUAAGAACAGUGCAUGAGCCUUUUUUCUUUUUAUGAGUGGAAAGAAUGUUGAAGUUUGAUCUUCCCAAUGACUGGCUAGAUGGCUUGUGUUGGUAUCUGGGCAUCAUCUAGAAUUAAAAGUACAGUACAGUAUUACUACUGGACGGUGGGUCAAAGCUUUACUGGUGUAUGGACUGUAAAUAUAAUGUAUGAUUUUGAUAAUUUAUGAUUCAACCUUUAAUUAGUACAGUAUAAUCACUUCUCAUAUUUUAAUAUUAAUUGAAAAUCUUUGUUAAUGUGUACUCUUUUAUUUUAUUUUUGCGAUGAUGAAAUGAAUACUGUACAUGUAUGUGAACUAUUUGCUUGAACCAAAUGUACAGUAGUUUAUUCCGACAUUGUAUUGUUUUGAUGAUGUUGCACAAGAUAAUUACUACACACAUGUACAAAAAAAUUUCAAGUGAUUUAUGAUAUUUUUGCAGAAUUGAAUACAGUACAGUAUACAUUAAGAAACUUUUAUGCAGAAUCCCAACCAAGUACAGUUCAUGUAUAUAUUUUUUACACCACAUUGUAAUUACUUAAAAUAAGAUGUGUUAUGUAUAAGGAGGAUGCUUGUGCUAUUAAGAUGAGCAGAUUAUAAUAACAAGGAUUGAGAAUUAUUCAGCAUAACAGUCAUGACAAAUCUCUGAUUUAAACAUAAAGAAGCAAGGAACAGCAGAAUUUGAAAUACAUUUAGGGAAAAAGUCUUAAAAAUUCUUGAGUUUUGUAUUGUGACUUAAGUAAUCCUCUUUGCCCCUGGUUGGUAUACACUUGCCAGCCAGGGGUUCAGUCUCUUCUCUGUUAUGUACUGUUGGCAAGUACUAGGAUUGUACAGACUCUUGAAUGUACAGUACCUAAACAUGUACCAGUGUUGGCCAAGUCUGUUCUUAAAUGAGCUCACACUCAGUGCUGUUACAGUACUCUGGCAGGUAUCAAAAGGGUGUUCAUUGUUCAGAGCCAUUUAGUCUGUCAUGUUAAGGCUCCACAGUCAGCAACAUUCAGAACACCACCUCAAUGGUGGGAACAAAAUAUUAUAAAUAGAGCCCUGUGUACACUUGCUCCAAAAGGUAUCUUCACAUUGGGGUCUGAUGAAUUUCAAAAUGAACACCACGACUCCUGUUGUCUGAGUAGGGUUGUCAAAAUCCUUCGUCUGUUGUGUCAUAUUGUCUCACACAAAAUCGUAAGAUAAUUUUUGGAGCGACAUGUGGAAGUGUACUAAGAACAGGAAAAACUUAGAGUUGUUUGUGAAGUACCAUAUUAUAAAACCAGUGUGAUGUGUCUGUAAUGUUUCUACCACUAAUCAUUUUUUAGAAUGUGUCAAAUAAUUUUAUGGACACCUUGUAUUAUUGAAAGCUUUGAAUAAGAAAUUUGACUUAGGACUAAUAUGAUAAAAGACACACUCUGGAACUAGUAAUUGGAUGGGAGCAUAUGCAGUAACAUGUCAACUUCGUGUGUGUGUGUGUGGUAAUGUCACUACAUUACAGUGAGGUAACAGAGUGCCUGGACUGAUUGAACAAGAAUAUUAAUUAUACUUGAGUAAAAUUCUGGUUCUUCAUCUGUAGAACAAUCAAGGUUCAUUCAGAAAAAAAUUUAUGAAAUGCACAUAAAUCACAGAUGUGUGUAUGUGUGUGUGUGUGUGUGUGUGUGUAACAUUUUAAACACAUAACAAAAGAGUUUUGCACAAAAGGAGGUUGUAACUUAUGGAAGAAAUUAAAGUAGUGACAUAAAUAAAAUCUAUAUUAUCUA